AUGUCCAAUGAAAUGGAAAGUGCUUUGGGAGACGUUGUGCUAAACGACUCACUUUUAGAAAACAGCUUUGAUAUUGUGGCAGAGUUUUACAAUGUCGAUAGGAGUCUUUUUGAAGUCGAGAAAAGUCGACUAUGCGACUUAUUACCUGUAUUAUACAAGGCAGCAAACAUUCUUGCAUCGAUGCCUGCUACAUCAUGUACCGCUGAAAGGUCAUUCCGGCAGUGGAUUUCGGCGCGUGAAAACCUACCUCCGCUCGACAAUGGACGAAAACGCUUGAAUUAUAUUGCUGUCAUUAACAUUGAACGAGCAUAUGCUAACCCAACUAUUAAGAACGACAUGGUUAAAAUAAUUGAUACUUUUGGUAGACGAAAUGGACGAAAUAGCUAUUUCUUCUAA